AUGGCCCCCGUGGUGUCGGGCGAGGUCGUUUUUACAUACGACAAAAAGGCCAAAGAGAAGGUCCGAAAAUGUGGGGGAAGCGCGAAACGGAAAGCCGUGCAGCUGGGCCAGGGGGCCGGAGUGUUUUCGGCCGUCAUCCAUUUCAAUCCUACUUACGGUCAAUUAGACGGGGCUGUCUACAUACCCGAGGGCCAAAGUAUUCCCGACGUGAACCAUUUUCUGGCGGAACUCGCCAACGGCGAGCGCGGAACCGGAGGCCAACGCCGGGUCACACGCCGUCGACGGAAGAAAACCGCUCCCGAAUCCAGUCAGAUUCCGGUGGAGACCACCGAAAUCAACGUGGGGGAGUUCGGAAGCAUCAUGCAUGAAGAGCCCAAUACCGUUGCAGACGCAACGGCGAAUGAAGUCACAAGUGAAGAUGCCGAUGCCGAUGCUCCCCACGAAAUCGAGGCCGAUGGAGACGGCGCCGUCGUUUUCGGCGGCACCGCGUCUGACGCCCAGCAGGAAGACGCCCAUUUAGACGAAGACACCAAGAACCAGGCAGAACAUGAGCUAUCUACUGAUACAGAACUGUUCAACCACGAUGUUAACGGCAUGAUGGAGGACUAUGUCAUGAUUGACACUGACACUGCCGGGGCGACUGGGGCGGGCGAAGAAAGUUCCUUCUUUGAUUUGCUAGAGGAUGGCUUGCAGGACCUGUUUGAGAUGGAGGCUUUCGCGCCUUCGCUUGGGUCAUAUGGCGACAGCGAGCUGGGUGAAAUGGAAGGACGGUCAAGCGACACCAUUCUUGGUCGGGAAAGACUGGAAGUGGAGACAUGGGGUGAAACGGAGAAGGAGAAUACAGCGGCAACUACCAAGGGAGCCUCGAGCCAUCAGAUGAAAGCUCCGCAGACGCGGACAACUGCUGCCACACGUGCCUGCCGACCUGCAAGAAACACACAGAAGAUUCACCGGUUCUUUUUACAAGUUUCAAGGCAGAUUCGGCUUGCAAGACAAAGGGGGGAACUGGACACCGGGUAUGUCCUCCAGACCAGGCGAGUUGCAAAGCAGUUAGCGAGGUCCAGGCGACGGCGUGGCGCAGAGGAAACCGAUAUGUGGGGCCGCUGUGAGUCGCCGGAUGACCAACACAAAACAAUCCUUAGUCUUUAG